AUGGCAAGAAAUAUUAAACAAGAUAAAGCAAAAGGAAGAAAAGUAAAAGCAAAGAAAGAUGUUAGAUUCAAGAGAACGGCACCAGUCAAACAAUAUAUACCAAAGAAAAAGAUAGAAGAGGAAGGCAGUGCCGCUGAAUUGGCAGCACAACAAAAGGAACAAGAAAGAGUAGAGAUGAAACGAAACAACCUCAAGAAUAUAUUACUUCAAAAUCAAAAGAAUCAUUUUAAAAAGGAACAUAUCGAUAAAAAAGAAAUCACUAAAAAGAAACAACUAACCAACAAGAUUGACCCUGAACAACAAAAGAAGAAUCUAUGGGCACCAAAAUCAUUUGAUGUACAUUAUACAACUGAAGAUACAUAUGUUGAAAAGACGACGGAACAAGAAUUACAAGAAUCAGCUAAAAAUGGAGAAAUGUCUGGCUUUCAAUUGGCAAUUAGAGAUCAUCUAAAAGGUGGAAGAUUUAGAUUCCUCAAUGAAAGUUUAUAUACCAAAGAUAGUACUGAAUCACUUCAAGAGUUUGAAAGAGAUCCUUCAUUAUUUGAUCAAUAUCAUAUUGGAUACCAAGAACAAGUUAAAAGUUGGCCUGUACAUCCAUUAAAAUUCAUUAUUAGAGAUUUAAAAAAAUUAGGAAGAAUAACAAUAGCAGAUAUGGGAUGUGGAGAUGCAGAAUUACACCAAAAAUUAAGUUUCAAACAUACAAUUUAUUCAUUUGAUUUGGUAUCGACCAACAAACAUGUUACGGCAUGUGAUAUUGCCAAUGUACCAUUGGAAGAUGAAACAGUCGACUAUGUAGUAUUUUGUCUAUCGUUGAUGGGUACCAACUACCCCGAUUUUAUAGCAGAGGCCAAUCGUAUUUUGGUCAAAGGUGGAAAACUAAAGAUUGCAGAAAUCGAGUCUAGAAUCCCAAGUAACAAUGCAUUUGUCAGAUUAAUCUCCAAGUUUGGAUUCGAUCUUGUCAGCAAGGACACUCGUAACCAAUACUUUUUCACAUUUGAAUUCCAAAAGAAAUCAUCUAUCAAAGAGAAAAAUAUUGUUAUCACCGAUGCUCCAACUUUUGUUUGUUUCAUUGUCAACAAAGAGAUAAUAAUUAUAAUGGUUGUAGAUAAUAAUAAUAUAUUAUUACCUUUAAUAUCAACUAAAGUAUUGUAUAGUCCAUUCGAUGUGAAAUGGGUACCUUUUAGUAGCUCAGUAUUGACUGUUGGACAUUCAAAAGAUAAAGGUGAUAUUCGUAUCUAUCGAAUGUCUGAUAUAGAUACUACCAAUCAAUCAUCAAAUACAUUAUCAUUACAAAAUGAAAGUCGAUUUGAAAAUAAGAUUAGAUGUUGUAGUUUUUUUGAUUCAAAGAAUCAAAGUAAUAGAGGUUAUUUUGUUUGUGGAGACUUUGCAGGUCACCUAUCAAUAUGGAAUAUUGAUCGAAUGGAUUCACCAAUAACAACAAUACCAAAUGCUCAUAUUGGUAGUGUUAAUGCAAUCGAUUGUGGUGGUAAUAGUAAUAGUCAAUCAUCAUCUGAACUAUCAUAUUCUAUUGCAACAGGUGGUAGAGAUGGUAAAGUAGCACUAUGGGAUUCGAGAUCAUCAUUUAAAUCAGUCUCUUCAACUCAUUCAUUUUCACAUAAUAUUAGUCAAGGCAAAUUAGAUUGUUGGUCCGUUUCAUUGUUUGGAUCAAAUAUAAUAGCAGGAUAUGAAAAUGGUGAUAUAAAUGUAUACGAUAUUAAAACAAAUAGAUUGGUUAGUAGUACAAACUUUGGGUUUGGUGUGAGUAGUGUCAAUGUAAAUGAAAGACAAGGAUUGGAUAAUAUAAUGAUUGGAGGAAAUGAGUCACAGCUUUUGUUUGGAUCAACGUCAAAUGAUGGUAUCAUCAAAAAGACAAAAGAGAUUAAAGGUGAUGGUAUUUGUAAAUUUGUUUGGAGUGCUCGAUACUCUCCGCACAACCCAUCCAUCUUUUCAAUCGCUGGUAACGACGGAACUGUCACAAUGUAUGAUAACUAUAAGAAAAUGGAUCAAGUCAAACUUGGUGAAAUGCCAAUCAUCGCAUUAGACUAUAACAAAGAUUUCCCCAAUUUAAUAGCAACGGUCGCACUCAAUAGAUUAAUCUCUAUUUUAAUAUCUCCGAAAUAA